UUCAGAGAUGGCGUGUGUUUUUUCGGUUUGUUGUGGUUAUUGAGGAAAGCCUUUUAACUAAAAUUACUUUUCUCAAUCUUUUUUACCGUGCGUGUUCCUCUUAAUUUCUCCCUGAAGUUUCGCUGAAAUCAUGUUUUCAUUUCUGGUCCAACGAUGAUCUCUAAGUGGAAACCGAGUGUUUGAAACUCCUCAACGUUUGUUAUUCUUAUUUCAAACGAAUUAUUUCUCGCAUUUAUUCAUCGUUUUGUGUUGAACUGCAGUUUAUGUUUACGGAAAAUGUUCCACAAAUUACGGCUGAAAUUCCGACUGUCCAAGUGCUGAUAUUUCCGAUCCAUUUUCUCCGAAAUGUGAAAACCUUUGCCUCGCUUAGACUUGGUGUGUAUUUGUGAAGGCCAGAGAGCAGUAACAACAUUCAGUUUUCUUUCUGAUGAAUGAAUUGUAGCCAAGGGAAAUGAGCCACAACAUGGGAGGAAUGGCACCCUAUGUCAACAUGCCACGAGGGAGAGCCCCCAUGAAUUAUUAUCAGAAUUGUGGCCCAGGAGGAGAGCCACCCAUGCAUAUGGGAAGGAACAUGUGUUAUCCUGAUGACAAGAUGCCUCCUGGAAUGUGUGGGAUGAAUCCAAUGGGCGGUGAAUUUAAGCCUCCGAUGAUGGCAGCAGCUGAUCCUCCUCCACCAAAGAAGAAGAGGAGAGGCUCCGCAGCGGCUAAUGCAGCGGCUGCUCAAGCAGCGGCUCCUCCUCCGCAACCCAUGCAUGACAUUUUUCCGCCACCCAUGCCUGGUAAACUUGGUUAUGGUGGUGAUACAAUUGUUGCCUCAAAUCCAUUUGAUGAUUUCCCACCUGUCAAUCAAAUGAGUCAUCAGCCUCAUCAUAUGCAGCGGCACAUGGGUCCCAUGUCAAGCGGACCAAUGGGUGGGGGGCCAAUGCCAGGAGGUCCCAUGUCAGGAGGUCCUAUGCCUGGAGGUCCUAUGCCUGGAGGCCCCAUGUCAGGCAGCCCUAUGCCCUCAGGAGGACCUAUGGGAGGCUGCCACUCAGUCAUGGGAAAUCCAUGUCAAAUAGGAUCCCCAAUAAACUGCGGGCCCUCCAUUGGGAGUCCGAUGAACUGCGGUCCGCAAAUGAACAGUUGUAGUCCAAUGAAUUGCGGACCAUCAAUUGGAAGUCCUUUGGGUGCUUGCGGAAAUGUUCAGCCAACACGGAGUCCUCUGUGCCCUCCCAUGAGUAAUGCAGGUCCGAUGAUGGGAUGUGGCCCUCCAAAUAGCAGUCCGAUGAAUCCAAUGAAUAUGCACCCAAUGAACAGGAGCCCACAGCAAAUUGGAAGCCCCCUUGGUGCCAUGAUGAAUCCAAACAUGUCUGGAAGUCCCAUGGACUGUGGUCCAAUGGGAAACAAUCCGGCAAGAAAAAGUAGCCCAAUGCAUCAAGGCGUUAACAUCUCCAACAUGCAUCCAAACAUGAACAACGUCUGUGGGUCCCCCAUUGGUAGUCCGUUGCAUAAUGGUCCAAUGAAUAGCUGCGCCAGUGGGAAUUCAACGAAUAUGAAUAUGAAUUCAACUUUGUCGAGUCCAAUGGGUAAUAAUUCAUGUUCCAUCGGAGGUGAUUUAGGGUUAGGCAUAGUGAAUAAAAGUCCAAUGAAUUCAAUCAACUCUCAUCCAGGCUCAUUGGGUAGUCCAAUGGGUGGGCCGUCCCCAAAUUUAAACAGUAAUAGUAGUAAUUCCAGUAACCCUAACACUAGCAAUGCAAACUCUAGUGUGUGCGGCCCUGGUCCCAAUAACAGCAACCCAAGUGCUAACAAUAACAAUAAUGGAAACAGUAGUUCCAACCCCAACAAUAACACUAGCAACAUCACCAAUAACAGUAGUAACAGUAAUAAUAGCAGUAAUAAAACUAGUAAUGGCAAUGGGAGUAGCACCGUGAACAAUAAUCCAAGUAGUAACUCAAGUAGCAAUAAUCAAAUAGUAAAUAGCCCAUUAGAUUCUCUUGCAAAUUCAAAUGCAAACAGCACUCUGGGAAAUGACAUGGAUAACUCAUCCGACGUGAAAACAUCUCAGUGUAACACGAAUAACAUGAACAUUUUUUCAAACUCCGGCCCAAAUAACAUGAACCCAUUCAAUAACAUGAAUAAUCCUAAUGGCCCGCAGUGUAUGCCAAGUAGUCAGUGUGGUCCAAUGCCCAAUAACCCUUGUGGCCCACCAGUCUCGACGAUGUCUAAUCAUUGCUCACCAUUUAUGAACGGACCAAUCAGGGGGCCCAUGAUGCAUGGACCCGGCGGUCCACCAAAUAUGGGUCCAGGAAUGAUGCAUCCAAUGAACAACAACUUUACUGGUCCCAAGUCAAUGUCCAUAUCUGCAGGGAGGAUCUACCCUCCUGGUUUAUCUACAGUUGUCAACCCUCAAAAUCCUAAUGCUCCGCCCAUAUAUCCCUGUGGAAUUUGUCAUAAAGAAGUCAUUGACAAUGAUCAAGCAUUGUUGUGCGAGUCAGGCUGUAGGUUUUGGUACCAUAGAGUCUGUACGGGCCUAUCAGAAGCUGCCUAUAACUAUUUAACCGCAGAAGUUUACGCAGAAUGGGUAUGCGAUAGUUGCUUAAACACAAAAAACAUCCCUCUAGUCAAAUUCAAGCCCUAAUCCUUGUCCCAAACGUGCUUCAAACGUAACGUACAAAUCCAUUACUUGUCUUGAAAACCUGUAAGUUUCUUUUUUUCUAUUUCUUUACUCCUCUGUCCAUCAUGUUUUCAUAUUAAUCUCAACAAACAAUUGUUGAAAUGCGUUUUGUGAUUUUGUAGUUAUUUUCUCAGCAAGUGAUAAACUGCAAAGCCUCCUUUAUGAAUUUCAUGGUGUCUCAUGCUGAAAGAAUGGAAUUGAUUACUAUAGUUUCUUUUAUUUCUAAGUUUAGUGUAAGGUUUUUGAGAAAUCAAAAUUUAAGGCGCUUAAGUUUUGUAUUCUUGUGGAACUUGGAAUUUUUUCACAACCAAAAAUCAACCAAGUUUACACUUUAAUUUAUCUAAAUUAAAGGUGUUGUGCUGUGUCUCUUUUGCCUUCUGCACAAAUUCCUCACUCUGAUUUAAAGAUGAGAUAAAGAGUAUUGUGAAAUUUUGAUAAUGACCUUGAUUUUGUUUCGGCAAAACUGACUGCCAAGCAUGGAGCAGGAGAAUGUAAAAUUUCCUACUGAAAUAGUGCAUAACUGUGCUGAAUGGUAUUAUUUGUAUUGAAUUAUGAGAUGCUGCUCCUGGAAGUUUUUAGGAAUGAAAUGAACACAUACAGUGUUUCAUUAAUUGCCAAUUUUCAAGAUUAAAAAUAAGGAAAGGAAAUGUCAGGUAAGUUGAUUGAAGGUUUGAAAGGAGCAAAAUUUAAUUACAGUAGUACCUUGAUUAUCUAAUGAAUCGUGGUGGAGGCCCAAGCCCUGAACUGAAAACGCCAGAUAAUCGAAAUGCAUCAGAUCUUAUGAUAUACGCGUGGAAAAAGUGAAGAAAAAACAAGAAAAAACAAGAAAAAUAAUGCAUAAUUGUGAUUUUUGAUUGCGCUGGAUAUCUGGAGUGCCGAAAAAAUGAUGAGCAGGCAAUCAAGGUAUUACUGUAGAACCAUCAAAUCACAUCAGCAAUUCUAAUGCGCACUUUAAACUGAUUUAAUAUUUCAAAGAACUUACAGUGAUUAGAAGUGAGCAAAAUUACCGGUCUGCAAUGCAAAAACUCGGUGAUCUGAAAUCUAGCUUCUAGAGAAAUCUAGAGAAAAAAAGCUUGAAAUUUGAUUAUAAAAUAACUAUUCUGCAGUGUGAUCAUGUAGAUAUUACUCCACAGCGCUGUACAGUAUGAAUUCAAUGGUCUUUGCACGUAAUUUGGCAGGCAUUUAAAAUGAUUCACAAGAUGCUACAAAUUUCAGCAUCUUUUCAUACGUUUUCCUGCCAAAAUUCUGUGUAAAUAACAAUCUAUGUGAAGGAAAUCCAGUAUCAUGUUUGAUACUCAGAGGAGGAUCUAUGGACUAAUGACAAUUCUGUCCACUGCUGUGCCUCCUCAAUAGUCAGCCGAGAAAUUUUUAAUUUUAAGGCUUGGUCAGUGGAUUCUAAAACCUUCUUUUUCUGAAUACAUACCUAUAAUUAGAUUUGUGAAUUUUUUGUUUAGUUAUCUUAUGAACAAAGCACUCAAAUUAACUGAAUUUAUCUCAGUUUACUUAUGAAUUUCUCCCUCACUUGUUGAAACGAAUUUUCCUUGAUACUGUUUUUCUUUUUUUCAAGUUUUUGCGCGGAAGAAAUAAUGAUAUUUCAAAUUCAUACUCUCUUCAGUAACCUUCUUUUGAACAUUUUGCAUAUUUGUUCCUUUUAAACUGGAAAAAUGAAGUUGAAAGUGGACAUAGGAACAUAUUUUUCCCUUUGAACUGCGCUUUUAUUUAUGUAGGAGAAAGAAUGUUCCUAAUUACCGUUUGUGGUUCUUUCACGGUCUAUCAUCUUUUUUUCUUGUAAGUACUUUACAUUGUUUGGCUUUUUUUCUUUUUUAAAAGUAUAAACCAUUUUCCAUCAAGGAGAAGCCUCUCAUCACAUUGCAAAGAUUCCUCCAGCUGAAUUAAAGUGCCAUAACCUAUUUUAAUUUAAAAAUUAAUUAUUAGUGUCAUGUUUUGGAACAAUCACAGUAUCCUAUUUCUAAUUCCAUAUAAAUUCAUUCAUGAGAUAAAUCGCAUUCUAUUUUGUCUGAAAACGUUCUAUCGCUAUUAAAUCACUGUGAAAUGCUGUGAUUUUUCACCAUUCAAAAUUGACAAAAUUUAUUGAACUAAUUGAAUGCAUCAGUCGGUCACAUAAGUGACUCCAAAGCACCCUUGUCUUUAAGCUAAUUUUUUAUUUAACAAAGAUGUUUCAGUCAAAUGUCUUAAUUGUGAAUUAUCCUAUCUAGUGUCUGAGCGAAUGAAAUCUUUAAGCUGUACUAACUUUCAGUUCCUUUUAAUUUUUUUCUCUCUGGUUAAAUUUACCCAGUGAAAGACUAAUCCUAGCAUUCUUAGUGAACAUACUAGUAUCUUAAAGUAAUUGUGAAUGGGCACUUUUGAUGGCGUUGCUCAUUGAUCUCACAAUCAGUUUGGCUCGAAAAUGUAUCUCUGAAAAUUUUAGGAGCUCAGGUAUUUAGAACCAUGACUAGGAAAACAUAAUGGAAUUAAUGAUAAUGUAGAUUUGGCGCAAAGUUGUGUCAAAUCGGAGGGAUUUCAAUCUGGAACUUCUAGUUCUCAUACGAAGAGAUAGAGGUUUAAAGACCUCAGAAGAGGUCCCAGAAAUAUUAUAUGAAGCAACCUAAUAAUUAUAAAAUUUCUAAAUCAUCGUUUUACGAAUUUUUAUUUUUUGUCUUUUAAAUUUUUAUCACUUAGAUUUUUGCAGUCAGUACCGCUGAGCCUCUUUCUUAUUUUUAUCUCAUCUUUAGUUGUAAUGAAUCUUAACAAAAAUUAUCUCCCAGGCUCAUUGUAUCUGUUCAACUACAUCACCGAAAAUAUUCAAAAUGAGUUAUUAAGUUUCAUGAAAUUUUCAAUCCUACCGUCUCAAGCCCCUGUUUUUCUAAAAAAAAUUCCCAAUAUACCAAGACUCACCAAAAUAUUACUAAGAAAGAUGGUGAUUUUCUACAUUCAUAUGGACGGUGAAACUGAAAAAACGGGUAUCUCGUUUGCGGUGUCUCAGAAUUUUUGCUCCCAUUUUAGUUCAUCAAAAGUGAAUGAACCAACUUUUUUUUAUCGAAAAUUGCACAGAAUAUUCCACCCAGAGCUGAGAAAAAUCAAGAAAGUUCUCUAGAAAGGACUUUCCGUAUUUUUCCAUUUAAAAAAUGAACUAUGACGGAAAAUUUGGAGCGUCGCAUAGUGAAAGACGCGUUUUUGCAGUUUCACCCAUCAUCUGUACUCAAGUAAAGACAGGGCAGCAAUGCAGAGGACGUUUAUUCACUGUUAUCGACUUUCCGAAAGCACUGUGGAAAUGAGCAGAAAAAUAAUCAUAAUUCUGAUAAAUAGACGUUUAAACAUGAGAAAUAGCUUUUGUGUUAAUCUGAUAGGCAAGUAAUUUUUCAGUUCCCAUGUAAUCAAUCUUUAAUGAACCAUUUACUGUAAGUAAAUCUGAAAAAGUAUUUGAAAUGACAUCAAUAGAACAGUACAUUCA